AUGACUAAAUCAAGAAAGCAAAAGCAAAAGAAGCAAGAUUUCCUUAAAAGGAAAUUAAAAGUCGGUAAAACCAAGCCUAAGGCAUCUAAUCUUACAGACACAUCUUUCGUUUCUCGAACGAUUUCGAUUAAGAAUCAACAUCUAGAACAUGACCAUGAUCUGUCAAAGAAGCUUUCGCUGUUAAAGCAUCAUAAUGUUACUGUACGAAAGGAGACUCUUCAGAACUUUCAAAAAGCCAUUCCCAAGAUUAUCCACUCUAAAUUAAUGAGCCCGUUAUUAACACAGUGUAUACCUCUGAUAUGUGACGACUCGAGAGUAGUUAGAGAGCAACUUGUAGAAUUGAUUAAAGAAAUUGGGAAGUGGGAUGCGCAAGUGUUAAGACUACAUUGUAAAGUGUUUGUGCUGUAUAUUAAUAUGGCUACAACCCAUAUUGUUCCACAGAUUCAAAAUGAUUCUACCAAAUUUUUACUCUGUUUACUAGAAAUAUGUCAGGAUGAAUUGAUUAGACAAGCGUGGGUGAAGCUUCUUAAUGAUGUGUUCUGUGUCUUAGGGUGGGGCUCUAUUGGACAUAACCAGGCAGCAGGUGCAGUCCAGACUAAGAAACGAGAUGCCAAGAACUUGAAGAUUCAUUUGGAUGCUCUCUACCAGUUAAUCAAAGGCGGUUGUGUGGAGCCAGAGCUAGAAUCCAACGAUGAAGAAAACGAAGAGGCCUCAAACCAACAUCUGAUUCCAAAUUAUCCUCAACCAUACGAUUACUUGAAGUUGUUUGCCAGGGUAUUGAAGAACAAGGACUCGAAUGUCACAACUACCCAACAAAUGGGGUCUUUGGCAGCACAGGAUAUUGAGACUCGCCAACAGAUAUUCAAGAGUCAAUACGCCGAUACGUUAGACAAGGAACUGGAUCUUCUAGUGAAGGAUGGUGGUGAGUGUGGUAGAAGCGCAAACAACAUCAAGCAAUUGGUCUCCACCAUAUGUACAUGA